AUGGGUGCGGAGGAAGAACGUUUUUGGCCUUCGUCUGGCCUGUCUCUGCUGAAAAGAGCAGAGACCAGCGAGGCCAAGACACCCUAUGGUCACUCGGAUGUCGAUGACUGCGAGACAGCCGAGGAGAAAACGCCAUAUUGCUCUCGGUUCGCGACCCAGAUCAAGACGAAGCAGACUGAACGUCAGAAAAGUCCUUGUGUGAAACAGAGUCGCUCGAAGGCGCAGUACUCUCCAAUUGGUUACGCCUUCACGCCAGUGGGUCAACCGCAGGUCUCGGAAUACCAGUUGGAAGAUCUUAACGAUCUCGAAUCCUGCAUCGAUGCUCAUUGA